AUGGAAACUGAAACAAUAGUUAUGAGUAGUAGAAGACGAAUGGUUCUUAAACCACUUUCUGCUCCAGGAGCAACUUUACAAUGUAAAGAACAGAAUUCCUCCAAUGAUACAAAUGAACAUGUUAUGAUUCAAUCACCUGCUGCACUCAUUUCUCCAAAAAAUGACAGAAAAAAAAUUUUGUUUCGAGACGCUAUUCUUCCUGAAAUAAUACCUUCAGUACAGCGUAAUAAGGUCUUAUUAUCAUGCACAAUUAACAGGGAUUUAUCAGAUUCUGAUGAUUCCGAUUCUGACAAUUCUACAAUAAACGAUGAGCCUUCAGAUAAAUCACCAAAGAGCAAUAGAAAACUAUAUUAUACUAUUGUUAUGUUUUUAUGUUGGGCUGCUAUUCAGUACUGGAUGAUUGCUGUAGUUGGUUUUGGUGCAGUAUUUUUUGCUAUCUCUGCUCUUAUUGCUAUGUAUUAUAACACUUCAAACUCAGAAAAAAAACACAAUGUUUUAAGUGCAUACUCUGUGUUUAACCCUCAAUGUACACCUAUUCAGGGAUCUGUUGAUCCAAAACAAUUGGAACGUGAGCUGCUAUUUGGUUAA